GAAGACAAGACGGUCUGUUUAUUUAUCUCCGCCGUCGCAUUCAAAUUCCGAGGACUUGAUUGUGCAUCCAUUACCGGUAGAUCUGCUCGAAAUCGUUUCCAAAACGAAUUUUGACUGUACGAAUGAGUACUGAACCAGAAUUGCUAUUCAGAAUGCAAAGAGAACGUGAACGAGAAAGAGAGCGUGAACAUGAUCAUGAUCACGAAAAGUCAUGUCCGUUGGAUGCCAACAUCUAUGCUACUCGCAAGACAGUAGCUCAAGGCAUGAUGGACAUAGCUUUACUGACAGCUAACGCUUCCCAGCUGAAACAUGUUUUGGCUACUGCUGAUACUCACGAUUAUUAUCUCAUUAAUCUUGUUCUCAUUGGAAGUUCCAUGACUCUACAGAUUUUGGUUGGAAUUUUGUUGGUAGUUGUAGGUCGAUGGAAUAUAAAUAAACGAAAAGAGCAGAGUGUCGCCAACGUCACGAAUAAUGUAAUUGUCAUCUUGAUUUUUCUAAUCACCGUGGUUAAUGUUCUGAUCACUGCAUUUGGAGAUGAAGAACCAGAUUAUGUUAUAACUCAGAAGCAAUGGCAAGAACCCAGAAAAGAAUAUUUGAGUGACGAUAUGCAUCGCCUCGAUCGAGAACUUAAAUCAGCUUCAAACAGUACAGAAAUGUAAUAUCUAAUCCAUACUUUGGACUCGGUUCUUAAAAUUGUUUUGUUAAUAAUUUGAAGACUAAUCCCUACGUCUUCAAAGAAAUAUGAAGUUUGAGAUCUGAAUUCUAAAGACGCACAUUUUUAAUUUUGCAUUUUUGAAAAUUAGAAACAUCUUCCCAAAUGUCAGUUAUUUUCAGAUGUUACUUGGACGCUGAAUAUUUAUUUUUAUAAGUAUCAAAAAUGUUUGUACUUAAUUCUAGUAGUAAUUGUACUUAUAAGCUUUCUAGUUUCAGUAUUGAGAACUUUGUAUUUUAAAAUGUCAUCAUAAAAUUUGAAUUGUAUACCUGUGAUUUGUAUUAAGAGGUCUUGGUACGAAAAAAGUGCUUGCCACGUGUAUAUUUAUGUGUUCAGUUUGGUGUAUAGCACUAAUAUUUUUACUGAAAGUAGCGCCUUUUGAUGUAAUACUGUGUUAAGUUGUUUCAAACUACAUUUUUUAAUAAACUUAUUUAUUCUUA